AACUCGCCCAGGCGCUGAGCGCCCAAUCGCGGCGCGUAAACUGAACUUUAUUGUUGUCAGCAACUACCAGCUAGCUAGCUAAUAUAGUUGUAAGCUAACGUCUGCCGAAUGGUGAGCUAACAGUAGACUAUCGUUUGUCUCAUUAGUAAAGAAGUAACGCUAGCUAGUGGACAGUUACGUUUUAGAUAUAACGGUCAGGACAGUCGUUCUCACGGGCUGUUUGUCUCCAAUAUUAGGAAAGAUGACUUCUGCACCGUCUGAUCCAACUCUAGAGAGACAUUUCAAGGGUCACAGGGACACUGUUACAACUGUGGACUUCAGCUGCAACAUGAAACAGAUCGCCACAGGAUCGAUGGACUCCUGUGUGAUGAUCUGGAACAUGAAACCUCAGAUGCGAGCGUAUCGUUUUGAUGGACAUAAAGAUGCUGUCCUUUCUGUUCAGUUUUCUCCCUCUGGCCACCUGUUGGCCUCGGCCUCCAGAGACAAGACGGUACGGCUUUGGGUGCCCAGCAUGAAGGCGGAGUCAACAUCUUUCAGGGCUCACACGGCUACUGUGCGCAGCGUGAACUUUUCCGGUGACGGACAGAAUCUGAUCACAGCCUCUGACGACAAGACCAUCAAAGUGUGGACCGUCCACAGGCAAAAGUUUCUCUUCUCUCUCAACCAGCACAUCAACUGGGUCCGCUGUGCCAAGUUUUCUCCAGAUGACCGCUUGAUUGUGUCGUCCAGUGAUGAUAAGACUAUAAAGCUGUGGGACAAGAAUAGCAGAGAGUGUAUUCAUUCUUUCUAUGAACAUGCUGGUUAUGCAAACCAUGUGGACUUCCAUCCCAGUGGAACAUGCAUCGCUGCAGCGAGUACUGACAACUCUGUCAAGGUGUGGGACAUCAGAUCCCAUAAGAUGCUACAGCACUACCAAGUCCACAGUGGUGUGGUGAACAGCUUGUUUUUCCACCCGGCUGGUAAUUUCCUCAUCACUGCAUCCAACGAUUCCACAAUGAAGAUACUGGACCUUGUAGAGGGCAAGCUACUGUAUACACUGCACGGACACCAGGGUCCAGUGAACUGUGUGGCCUUCUCCAGGACCGGAGAGUACUUUGCCUCUGGAGGUUCUGAUGAGCAGGUAAUGGUUUGGAAGAGUAACUUUGACUGUGCUGAAGGCAAUGAUGGCGUCAGGCUGCAGCAUAAAUCUAAUUUCAGCCUGCAGGCACUACCAGCCAGCUCCACGGCACACCCCUCGCAUCCAUCUGCACUCCGCAGCCGGGCUUCUGAACCAACAGAACAUUUUACCGGACAGGACUCCCACACUGCUGCCCACACUCAGAGCGCCAGUCGCAGUGGCAGCCACAGCAAAGCAAGUUCCUCCUCUACCCAGCAGUCACAGACCCAGGAUUUACCACAGCAUUCAUCCCAAGUUCAAGCACAGUCUCAGUUUGCAGAUGGAGGGGUCCCCCCUGGUCUAGCCAGCACACUGGAGCACAUCAUAGGUCAACUGGAUAUUCUCACUCAGACAGUUUCAAUCUUGGAGCAGCGGCUGACGCUAACCGAGGACAAGCUCAAGGAGUGUUUGGAGAACCAAAUGGAGAUCGGUCUACAUCUCCAGAGACAAGAGGAGGCCUGAAGAUGGCGGCACCAGGAAAAGGUUGAGCUGUGGUGUGAGGGGGAAAGAGGUCACACCAACACACCAUUAACAAAAACACGUAAACAGCACUCUCUCGUUAUUGUAAGAUACACACUUAAAAUGUGCAAUCUUGCACACAGUCCUGAAUCGUUUUCCUGACCGGAUUUAAAUGCACACGGAGCCUUACUGCUGGGUCUAGUUAUUUAACAAAGAGAUAUCAGAAGUGAAGUUGUUGAAUAUUAGAGAAGUUGUUCUUCUACAAGAGUGCUGAGAGAGCAGUCCCUUUUCUGCUGACGAAGGUCUUGCUGCUACUAGUCACUUUGUGAGAGUCGGUGUGUGAGUGUGCACCCCUGAUGAUUGUCUGUGCAAAAGUGUAGACAACAUAGAAAGAGACUUUCGUAUUUGCCUUUACACUACACUACCGUUUUAACUCUUAUUUGUGCGCAUAAAAUGCUGCUUUUCAUCAAAAAGCACAUAUGCUUUAAAAAAAAACAACAUGCCCAUUAUUGUUCCAGUUCAGAAAAAAGAGGACUGGUGUGAGAUCUGGACUCUGUAGUGACAGAUAGCCUGAGCUGAAGUAUCGCUGUCAGGAAAGUUAAAUUGUUGCAUCAUUAGUAAACACUUGUGCAGCAAAUAAGUGUUAAUGCAGUGCUAAAAAUAUUCUUCAACAAAUGUUUUCUUCCAACUAUUUUCUUGUUUUUGAGUAAUUUUUUUGCUACAAAAAUUGCCUGCUUAAGGAAAUUUUUUUGCCUUUUUUUUGUGGAAAAUUUAUAAAAUUGUUCCCGAUUCUUAAAGAUUUUACAUUUUGGAACGAAUGAGCCUAUAGCUGAGAGCAACAGACGCGAAGGACAGUCAGAAAGUAUUGAGAGAUAAACACAUUGUUGGGUUUGGUCUUCUUACUGGACUGUUGACAAUGAAACAAAAUGUUAAAACAAAGACAGUCUUAUACUCUAAGUUUUUAUUUUCUGUUCUGUUAGGGCAGAAUAGCUUAUUGUAAUUACUGCAGUUUGAAGGAUAAGCGUCUUGUUCCGUCCCUUUUUAUAUCCUGUGUCUGAAACUUUUAUACACUGAAAGUAACUUAUUGUGUACCUUCUUAAAAAUAAUAAAUGUUUUCCACU